GGGAAGCAUAUCUCACUUCAAAAUACUUAUAAAAGUAUCUUAGUUUUCGGAUAAUUUAGGACGAAUUUUCAGAUGUCAUACUCUUGGCGUUAGUUGCGAAUAAUGUUAUCCUUCCAUCCAACACAUGCCCCGAAUUUGACACCAUCCUGCACAUGGCACAAGCUUCUCUUGCCACAAGAAUUGUGAUAACUCUGACAUCGCAACCUCUUUGCCAGCUAACCCCAAUAAUUCUACAUACAAAGCAUCUAACACAUAAAUACAAAAUGAAGCUCAAAUUUCGGUCUUCCACCACCUCGAAAGUCUUGACGUUACCACCGCACGGCACUAUCAAGGACUUGCUCCAGGAACUCUUGCAGGCAGGCCUCGAACCAACCCAGAACGACAAGAGCUUGAUCAUCAAAGGAGGGUUUCCGCCAAAAAGAAUUGAUAUUUCAGACAGUCUGGUGCUUCUUGAAGAAGUGGGGGUUAAGAAUGGAGACCAGUUGGUGAUUGAAUAUGGAUCAACUACUAGUACUUCGCAGUCUCUAGCGUCCGCAAAACCACCGAUCAAUGCUGUGAGCAAACUCCAACCGAAGCAAGAGCCGAAACCUUCCCGUUCUAUCUCUUCGAAGAACUCCCAAAAAUCUGCAUCCAAAGCGCCGGCUCCAAAGUACUUUACUCAAUGCUUAGAUGGAUAUAUCGUGCUCCGGGUGCAGCCCGACGACAACUCCUGUCUCUUCAACUCGGUGCUCUACUCGCUAUAUGGAUCUACGUCUCAGGUUUAUUCCGCCUUGGAUCUUCGCCGGUAUGUUGCUUCGUACAUCACCUCUCACGCUGACACAUACUCAGAGGCUAUUUUGGGAAAACCGAACAAGGAAUACGCCGAGUGGAUUCUCUUGCCAGUCUCGUGGGGCGGUGCUAUCGAGUUGCAGAUUUUAAGCGAGUUCUUGCACGUGAAGAUCCAGACCAUUGAUGUGGAAACGGGGCAUAUCUACGACUUUUCUUCUGAGCUGGGCGAUGAGGACACAUCCAUCGCUAUCGUUUACUCCGGGAUUCAUUACGACUCAUUGGUAUACAGCCUGCUGCUCACAGAUCUUUCUAAAGAUAUCGGAGUGAUAUCACUGAACACAGAAUGGGGCCAAUUGUUCAUGGCUGUCGCCUCUCUGACGAUUUGUCUUGAUUUAAAAGAUAAGGGCUACGCUACUAACACCAAUAAGUUCCAGUUGUUGUGCCAGAUAUGUGGGGUUAAAGUCAAAGGGCAGCUUGAGGCCGCAAAACACGGCAGAGCUACCGGUCACUCUGAAUUUGGUGAGGUAUAAGAUGCACGUUUGAGCCGUGGAAUUCUGCUAGCUAGAGUGCGUGUCUGCUUUAUGGGACGACUAUUGUAACACGUAUUUAGAGACCUUAAAAACCUAGCACACAGAAUAUUUUGUAUUUGCAAACAUUGAUCCUAGGAGCGAUGCUUCAAUAACCGGUCCUUACUUUUGGCAGUUUAAACGUUUGUAGUGGUCUGGACCGUGCUUUUGAAAACCCGUGAAGUAUAUCUACAAUUGGAGAUUCGGGAUACAGGCAACUGGGUAUCUCCAGGACGACCAGCAACACGCGUAACGCGUCGUGUCAGCUUUAGCGUCACAGUAAUUUCCUAUCUUGACAAGAG